ACAGACUUUUUCCGAAUUUUGAAGUUUUGUUUUUCUUCUUUUUGAUUAGGAAACUGUUCAAAUUGGGAUCUGUCCGAUCCUUCCCACUUGUCUGCUUCCUACCUAUUCCUCCCCCUCCAGUCCGGGUACUGGGCCAGUCCAUCAGAUUGGCCCUCGGGUGACUCUUAAGACUUCGGGCACAACAGUACAUGACACUGCUCACUCGAUCACAGACCAAGGCCAUGGACCGGAAGGCGGGAGAAUCCCUCCUGGCCUAUGAGGAACGCCUGGCGGCAUUCAUUCAGGAGGCCAACGAUAGGGCCGCCGCCGCGGCCAAGGAACGUAAUCGGCUUGAACAAGAGGAGGAGGCCAAGCGACAGAAGGAGGAACAGGACCGACUUCGUCAAGAAGAGGCAGACCUGCAGGCGGCAGCCGAACACCGGUCACGCCAGCGGGAACGACUGUUCACGCGGGCGACCGUGAUCGGCGACGAGGCCGCACAUUGGGUGGAAGUGACAUCUGCAGACGGGGCCCCGGAGACUGAGAAAGGGCUGUCAGCCCUUGCGCAGGUCUCCCACGACCUCGUGGCCACCUGCGCUCUGCAGCAGGAGGAAAUCCUUCACCUGCAGCAGACAGUGGACCAGAUGCUCGCACGGCUGCAGGCGUUGGAGAAACAGCCAGCUGCUAUAGCAGCCGCAGGGCCUUCCACCCUUACCACCCGUGUGCAAGUUUUGGAGGAUGACGUCAACAACAUCAAGCGUGUGCAUCAGGACUUCCGGACGUCGCAGCAAGCAACGAACUUGCAGUUGGAGACGCAGGUACAGGCUGCUGCCACCGUGACGCCCGCCGCCGCAUCCUCCCGGCGCCCACCCAAACUGGAUGACAUUCCAGUUUUCUGCGAUCAGUCCAAGACGGAACCGAUCCCGUGGUGGCGCCAGUUUACUCUCAGGCUCGACAUGCACCAUGUCCCGAACAACGAUCGACAUCCGUGCUUAUACCACCGAUCUGGUGGUGCGUGUCAAGCAUGGCUGUACAACAUCUUGACCAGCCACGGCGUAGCAGUGUGUAGCAUAUCAGAAAGUGAAAUGCACUGACAGCCUAGGAUCUAGCAAUGACGAAAGUGGCAACAACCAGCAGCAUAGGUGCAGCAUUCACAAGAUGUCAAUGUGCAUGAUGCAAAGAGCAACCCAACGAGAAAUCAACAACAACACAUUUG